ACUGCGCAUGAUCGAACUGUACAGAAUUGUGAACCAAAACAAACCUAUAGACUAAGUGGUUUGUGAAUUUUAUUUCGUGUUUAACCACAUUAUAUUUUACCAGAAACAUUUUUUAAGUAAAAUAUCAAAUUGUAACUCACGGGAGUGAGUCAACUAUUAUAAUGGAUCAAACUAUUGAGGAGCUUAAAAAAGAUAUUGAUGAAUUAAGAAGCUUAGAACAGCAAGCAACAAGACAGAAGAUUAAAGGUAUAAUUUCCAUUGAAAUUCAAAAACUGACGUCGGAGGUCGUGAAAUUGGAAGAAAAAUCAAAAUUCAAUUCAGCUUCUAAAAUAACACCUGGAAGUUCCACUAGUUUGCCCAACACCAAUAGAAGAUAUGAGGUGAAGAUAAAUAAUUAUGCUUGGGAUCAGACUAACAAAUUUGUGAAAUUUUACAUUACAUUAAAAGGUGUUCAAGAUAUUCCUUUCGAAAAUGUCAAAGGUUCUUUCACAAAAAAAAGUAUGGAAAUUGUAAUUGAAGAUUUAUAUGGCAAAGAUCAAGUCCUUCGAAUCACAAACUUUUUGAAACCUAUAAAUCCAGAUCAAUGUACUUGGAAAAUCAAGAAGGACAUGGUUAUUGUAAAUGUAGCUAAAACAUCUCCAGAUCAUUGGUCACAUAUCACAGAGUGGGAAAAAAAAGCCAGUGACCAAAAGAUGGCAGAUAUAGAUACUGACAAAUCAGAUCCUGCACAAGGUCUGAUGUCUCUGAUGAAGAAUAUGUAUGAUAAAGGUGAUGAUGAAAUGAAGAGAACUAUCGCCAAAGCAUGGACAGAAAGUCAAGAAAAAAAACAGGUACAAUAGCUCUCAAGUUGGACCUACCUUUUUUAUUUUCUCAGUACAUUAUAUUUUAGGAGUUACUUUUUGUUUUAUUUAGGUUUUGAAUUGAAAUAAAUUGUCAGAAU